GACGCAACAAUCUGUUGACCAAUAACGUACACAGAAUCGUAUGCACCAAAUUUGUAUCCACACGCUGACGUUCCUCUUUUAAGAAGAUGAUGGACGCACUGUCUGUGGUGAGCCAGCUCCGGGAUCUUGCCUCAGAGCCACAGAACCGGGAAGCCAUUGUCCAGGAUCAGGGAUGUCUACCUGGGCUGGUUCUUUUCCUGGACCAUCAGUCUCCAGAAGUGCUUUUCGCUACAUUGCAGACACUCCGCUAUUUGGCCGAACUCACCCCCAACAUUCCCACAAUGCAGAAUGAACUUGGGAUGAUGGUGAGCCUGGAGAACCUGAUGGAAAAACAUGGUCUGUCAGUUGACAUCACGUCCUUGGCCAAAGAAGUCUAUGGCAUCCUGAAAGCACCACCUCGACCCACCCCCUGCACACCAGAAAGACAGAGGCGGAAGAAGCCUCAGUUCUUCAUCAACUCCACCAACAGGAAGGCGAAGUGUGUGACUCUUCAAAUUCAGGGUCUGGACACGGCAGACCAGCGAGGUUUGUGUGAGCAAGCUCUGUUGAAGGUUCGAGGAGUGAUCAGCUUCACGUUCCAGAUGGCAUCUAAGAGAUGCACUGUCAGGAUACGAUCAGAUCUCACCACUGAGAGCCUGGGCUCAGCUAUUGCUGCCACUAAGGUGCUGUCAGCUCAGCAGGUGGUGAAGAACGAGGCAGGAGAGGAGGUCUUCAUCCCUCUGUGUCCGUCCGAAGUUGAGGUCCAGCAGAACUCUGCUAUCCCAGAUUACCUUCCAGAAGAAGAGGAAAGUCCAGACAGAAAUGAUGACCGGGCCAUCUCACGCACCAACGCCAAGGAAGACCCGAGCGGUAGCUGGCUGAACGCUGCGGCUAGUUUCCUCACCAAGACCUUCUACUGGUGACGUAGUCGAGACUACUCUAAGUGCUUCAGUGCCACUACAUUCCCUGUGGAUCAUUACAGUGUACAAAGACGCUCUACCACUAAGGUUUUUUCUACUAUCUGGAUGUAAAUAUUUGCUGCUUGCUCUUCAGCUCUGCAUGUAAAAACUUGGAACUGU